AUGAACGCAGAAGAAAUAUCUGCAGCCGAUUUAGGACAAAUUUUGGAGGCGGAAAGAGAAUUGGUCCUCAAAACCCAAGACAACUAUCGCCAACUAAAACAAAAAUUUGUGGAAUUACAAGAGCGCCUUCACGAGGUUACCCAACAAAAUGAAGUGUUGGCAGCAGAGCGGCAGGAUCGAGAAGUGAAAAACGAGCUGUUUCGGGCAACUACUUUAUCCGAAGUUCGCGAAUCCUUCAAGCUGGAACUUGUCGAGUAUGAGCGACGACUUGAAGAAGUCGACCACCAACGCCAAAUGUUGCAAGCGAAAAACCUAAAGCUAGAGGAUAUGCUUCGAGAACAAAGGGUGGAAUCUAGAAAAGCAACAGAAGAGUGGCACGACAAAGAACGUCGAUUACAUGCCUAUUUCGAGGAGGAAACCGCUAAAUCCAUUGCAAAACUCCAAACAGAAAGAGCAGCAAAAACCUCCGAAGCCAGUGAGCACGCGGAACAAUACCGCGAGGAGAUCCGGGGCUUAGAAAGGAGGUGUCGAGAGCUGAGCGAUCGGCUUCUCUCGACGAACAGCAAGUAUGAAGAAGAGUUAAAGCGUGAGCGUCGUCUACGUGAAAGGGAGCAGCUAGCGCGCGAGGAAGAUGCGUCAGAGAUUCACAGGUUACAAGCAGCACAGUCAGAGGCAGAUCGCCUGCUUCAUCGUAAAGCUGAGGAGCUCCAGGUUCUCCAAAAAAAGCUCAACGAAGUCCUGUUAGAAGGCCUACAAAGAGAAGCAUCAUGGAAGCAAGAUGAAACGCGAUUGCUAAACGACUUUGAGCACUCAAAAAAGAAUAUGCGCCAAAUCUACGACAAGCUGGAAGCUGAGUAUACAAUAAAGGAAUCCCAAGCAUUAGAGCAAGCAAAACCCUCGCCACGCAUAGAGACGGCCACCGACAUCGAAGAGACGGCGCACCUGAAAAAAGAAGCUACAAAAAGACACGAAAACCUAGAGCAGAAGCUAGAAUUGGAAAGAAAGCGACACAAAGAAGAGCUAGCAUCGUUGGUUGCAAGACUGGAAGCGGAAACAAAGAGUAAACAACAACUGGAUGAGACGAUCGUGACAUUGAAGAAAAAACUAAUCAUCAACCCGGAAGCCGAGAAACAACUAAACUAUGCAGCUGCUCAACUACUUGCAAAAGAGGACGAACUAAAAAAGACGCGAGCUCACUACAAAGAACUGCUGAAGCGGAUGAAAGCCUCUCUACUCAACAUUGAAAGAAAAUAUAAGAAGACCCAAGCGAAUUUCGAAAAGAGUAUCGUUUUC